AAUGCUGAGGCCCUGGACCCACGAGGUCGGACGUUACUGCACCUUGCGGUUUCUUUGGGGCAUUUGGAAUCUGCUCGAGUCUUGCUGCGACAUAAAGCAGAUGUGACCAAAGAAAAUGGCCAGGGAUGGACAGUUUUACAUGAAGCUGUCAGCACGGGUGAUCCGGAGAUGGUAUACACAGUCCUGCAACACCGAGACUACCACAACACAUCCAUGGCCCUCGAAGGUGUACCUGAGCUGCUACACAAAAUUCUUGAGGCCCCGGAUUUCUAUGUGCAGAUGAAAUGGGAGUUCACCAGCUGGGUGCCCUUGGUUUCUAGAAUAUGCCCAAAUGAUGUUUGUCGAAUUUGGAAGAGUGGUGCCAAGCUUCGUGUGGACAUCACUUUGCUGGGGUUUGAAAACAUGAGCUGGAUAAGAGGGAGACGGAGUUUCAUAUUUAAGGGAGGAGACAACUGGGCGGAGCUGAUGGAAGUCAACCACGAUGAUAGAGUGGUCACCACUGAACAUUUCGAUCUUUCCCAAGAAAUGGAGCGCCUCACCCUGGACCUCAUGAAGCCAAAAAGCAGGGAGGUUGAGCGGCGACUCACAAGCCCAGUCAUCAACACCAGCCUUGAUACUAAAAAUAUAGCCUUUGAAAGAACUAAAUCCGGAUUCUGGGGCUGGAGGACAGAUAAAGCAGAAGUUGUUAAUGGUUACGAAGCAAAGGUUUACACAGUGAACAAUGUGAGUGUGAUAACCAAAAUACGUACAGAACACCUGACAGAGGAGGAAAAGAAGAGAUACAAAGAGGACCGGAAUCCACUGGAGUCUCUGCUGGGAACUGUGGAACAUCAGUUUGGUGCUCAAGGGCAGGACCUCACUACUGAGUGUGCCACCGUGAACAACCCCACGGCCAUCACACCCGAUGAGUACUUUGAUGAAGACUUUGAUCUGAAAGACAGGGACAUUGGAAGGCCAAAAGAGCUGACGAUCAGAACACAAAAGUUUAAAGCUACUCUGUGGAUGUGUGAAGAGUUCCCACUCUCCCUGGUGGAACAGGUCAUUCCCAUCAUCGACCUCAUGGCACGAACCAGCGCUCAUUUUGCAAGGCUGAGAGACUUCAUCAAACUGGACUUUCCUCCUGGAUUCCCUGUCAAAAUAGAGAUCCCCCUGUUCCACGUUUUGAACGCAAGGAUUACAUUUGGAAACGUUAAUGGCUGUAGCACUGCUGAAGAGAAUCAGAGUAUGGAGGGGAUCCAGGCUGACACAGCUUCCGAGGUCACAAACUUCGAGGUUGAUCAGUCUGUGUUUGAAAUCCCCGAGUCCUAUCAUGUUCAAGACAAUGGAAGGAACAUGCAUCUCCAAGAUGAGGACUAUGAAAUAAUGCAGUUUGCAAUCCAGCAGAGCCUUCUGGAGUCCAGCAGGAACCAGGACCUUUCAGGACCAGCAUCAAAUGGAGGGAUCAGUCCCACCCACAGUUAUGAAGCCCAGUAUGAGAGGGCCAUCCAGGAGAGCCUCCUAACCACUAUGGAAGGUCAGUGCCCAGGUGCCCUCAGUGAGUCAAGCCGUUUUGAUAGCGACCUACAGCUGGCCAUGGAGCUGUCUGCCAAAGAGCUGGCGGAACAGGAGCUAAGGCUCCAGGAGGAAGAAGCAGAACUCCAGCAAGUCUUGCAGCUGUCACUCACUGAGAAAUAGACAUUUCUGUCCGGGGGCUCCUCUGGGCUGCAUGGGAGUGCUUCAUCAGCUGAGACCCUAGACAGAGGGCCUACACUUCCUGCAGACAGCAGCUGCCCCUUCCUUAUGCAAAGGUGCAGGACCAGGAACUCCCCAGAGUGGAGGAGGGGAGCAUUGGCAGGUCCCAUCUCCAGGCUGAGGGGAGGAGAGCAUUGUCACCUUCUUCCAUUAGCUAUCCUGGCUUGCAGGUCACAUUUUUACUACCAGCUUUAGACAGAGACGCCAAGCCCUGCAGUUAGUAGAUACAUCUUAAUCAGACAUGAUGACAGUUACUGCAGAGUCAGGGUGCUUUUCUACACGAGAGCAGCAGCCUUUGUAGAGUGUUCACCAAAGAAAUGGGUUCUGCUGCCCUCUUUAUUUUCCCUUCUGCCAGGGUUCCUAGGACAUGGCCAUUAUUACUCCCCAUCUGUGCCCUGUUCCAUGCCCUUUACCCCAGCUAAGAGGAUAUGUACAGGAUCUAUUUUAGAUUAUGGCUAACUAUUUGCAUCAAAUUAAGAUAUACAGAUGACCACGGAUGUUGCCUUAGCCUUAAAAAUUAUUAAUAGUUUUAAGCCACCUCACUCCACACACUGAGGACCUGACUUGAGUCCGCAAAGGCAGUUAGUUCCUUUGGGAGCAGCAUCCUCCAGGCUAAACCGAAGGCAGCUAAUCCUGUCCUUAGGGGCAGCUAGGGGAAUCCAAGGCUGGUUCUCACGACAGGCAAGCUGACCACUGGACAGCAGAGAACCUAGUCACCGUGGCGGUGCCCGCUCUGGUGAAGGAUUUCCCACCGGGAGAGAGCCAGCACAUGGCCUAUUGUUAGAGAGGACAGGAUGAACUUGAAACCAGAAGGGAGCUAACAUGGAGUAGAGGCUCUUUAUUCAAAAGGGAAAAGUGACGACUCCUCAUUGCUUUUUAGAGUUCAAAUCAACAUCUUUCUGGAUAAAUAUAUUUUUUAACAGAAUCUUUUUAUUAUUUUUAAAAGAUAUAAAAAUGACUACUCCCAUCAGUAGCAAUACAAGGUUAUGCAUUUUAACCAGAUUUUCUCAGGCCUUUUUUGGAUACGUUUAGUAGUUAACUAUUUUGUCUAACCCUCCUGUAAAUACCUAUUGCUAACAGACCGCCCCUGGGGAAUACAGCCAAGGGCACCUUGCACCUCUCACCUGGUGCAGGCAUUCACCCCCACAGGCUGCGCUGAUCACAUGGUAGUAAUACCUUCCCAUUUUGCGUCUGUUUCCUGUUACACUUCUUCUGGGGACAGGAAGAGAAUCCACGGUCCCCAGAAAUGUCUGUUUGAUACAGUCAGUGUUGCCAGUAAAAUGUUCUUAGACAAAAAGAAUUGUGAUUUUAAUUCCUCAUGGCCAUCUGCCUUUUGUCAUGGUCUAACCAAAUUCCUUCCCUGUACAUAAGGCCAGUAUGGCCAUCACAUUUGUACUCAGCUUGGGGGUCUGUUUACUUGGCGUUUGCCAGGAGCAAAGACACUUGCGGGAAUGGCUGCACUGGGCCAUGUUUACUCACUAAAGUGAAUCCUAGGUAACUCCUGUGUUUGCAUUCCAUUGCUCUGCUUUCCUGAAGUCUGACUGUGUCCCCAGGAAGUCACGUAAAAAGGUACUGAGCAUUGUUGCAGCUUUCCCCAUGUGUUUUCUCUUAAAAUGCAAAUAAAUAUGCUUCCACAGAGGGUACUCAGAG